AUGCCGGAAUUGUCACCCAGCAACACCUCCAAACUCGAUAUAUCCAAAGAGUUGGGCCUCGGUGAAGUGGCGAAUCUAAUCAAACGCCUCCCUAACCGAAAGGCCCAUGGUCCCGACCAGGUCGGCAAUGAGGCGUUUAAACUAGCACUUCCAGUUAUCCUGCCGUACCUGUGUCACUUUCUCCAGGCUUGUCUCAACCUCGACUACCACCCCGUAGCCUUCCGCCACGCGCUUACUGUGGUGUUGCCCAAGCCCGGCAAGAAGUCUUACAACGCGGCGAAGAGUUGGCGUCCUGUGGCCCUCUUAUCGUGUGCUGGCAAGAUGCUGGAGAAGAUUGUCGCCAACCGAGUCAAGGAACUGCUCAUGAACAAUCCCGGCCUUUGCCCUGUGCUUCAAUUCGGGAGCCCGGGGAAGAGUACGACCCAUGCGUUGGAGUACAUCACCAACUGGGUGUAUCGAAGCUGGCAAAUGCCUGCUGGGGGAAACGCUGACCACACGAGUCUCUUGUCACUGGACAUAUCUGGGGCGUAUGACAAUGUGCGCCGAGAAGAGCUCCUGCAGCGCCUGGUGGACAAGGGCUUCCCCGACUGGAUAGUCAGGAUUGUCUGGUCUUUUCUCUCCGAACGAAGUACCGAGUUGCUCAUGCCGGGGCACCGUUCGCAGAAGUUUUGGGUCAACAUUGGCAUUCCCCAGGGGAGCCCCCUGUCCCCUAUCCUCUUCAUCCUGUUUGCAGCACCUAUUCUGGAAUCUUUUGACAACUAUGAGCUCAAGACCGGCAAGGGAAAGAAAGUGAAAAGGAAAAGGCGCAAAGAGGCGGCGAAGUGUGUCUUCUCCGUCAUGUCCUACGUCGACGAUACCAAUUUUCUAGAAGAAAUGAGGAUCCUUGGUGUUAUCUUUGACAGACACCUGAGGUGGGAUGCCCACAUCGAGAACCUGAGGCUGAAGGUAUCAAAGAUGUUGGGAUAUCACACCAGAAUCUCCGGCUCGACGUGGGGGCCCUCGCUGAUCAAGAUGCGGCGACUCUAUAUCUCCAAGAUGCGCUCCAUAAUUGCCUACGCUUCCCCGGCCUGGUUCAUUCCACAGCACAAUACCCACGAUCUCGGCCUGACCAAGGCGCGGUUAAAGAAGUUCGAGGCACUGCAGAAUCAGUGCCUCGUGAAGGUGGCAGGCGCGUACAGCAAGACAGAUCGCAUGGUCCUACGGAAAGAGCUUAAUAUCUCGAGCAUGGAGCACUAUAUUGGCCUAAUUGGCGCCACAUAUCGGAUGAAAAACAUCGGAUCAGCGUACAUGGACGCGCUGGAGAAGGCCCAACACGGGGAGAGAAAUCGCAAGUGGAAUUACCAAAAUCCAUAUAUAUUACUGUAUGGGGAAGCCAAGCGCGCGCUGCAGGCGGUCAAGGCACAGUACACCAAGAAAGGCGAACAUCAUGAGCGAAUCUGGGAGCAGAUGAAACAGCCGGGUAGCAUCCCGGAUGUCGCCAAGUUGAUCAAGGAGUACAACGCGGCGCAGUGCGCGACCAGGUGCGAACAGCAAUGGGACACCUACGUCAGGGAGAAUGUAAAUAACCGGACAUAUGGGGCCCUGGGUGCCUCCAGUACUACAGACAUCUCAGCCGAGCUGAGUCUAUAUUCGGGUUCGGAUCGCUGUCCGUGCAAAGAGGGCAGGCAUACAGUAGAGCAUCUAUUCAUGCAAUGCCCUCGACUGACCGAAAAGCGGCUAAAGCUGGCCGCCGAGGUCAAAGAGUUCAGGCUCAAUAAAUUGUUAACGUGCGAUGCCAAGGCGGCAUCGCGAUGGGCCAUCCUCAACUUCGGCCUGGAUCAGUUCUCCUGGCCGAGGGAGGAGUUGAUGGCCACCUAA